UUCCCACCCCACUCUCCUUAUAAUAUCUCUCUUCCUCUUCGUUUCAAUUCAACUCCAACCCAUUCAAUUUUCGUUGUUCAUAUGACAUGAAAAUGUCAAUUCCUGCGUCCAGAAGACCCAAGUCAUGGCAUCACCCCCCUCCUCCUCCCACCCCCAGAAUCCUUCACUUGCCUCGCCGGCCUCGCCGGAGACCCGCCAAGCCAUCGGUAGGGAAACCCAAUUCCGGCGAGGUCCUCCGGAGGGAGCCUAAGGGAAAGUUGGAGACUUUAUUUGAUCAAGAACGUCCAGUGGCUCGAAAUGUUCCGAUAGUGGUGUUGGAUUACAUUGGGGGGAGUGAGACAAGGAGGGAGAGAGUUGAAAGCAGAGAAAGUGAUGGUGCUGUUGGUGGUGGUGGGUUAGGAUUAGAAGAAGAGAAAUGGAGGUUUCAGGCGGAGAUGUUGAGGGCAGAAUGUAAUUUGUUGAGAAUGGAGAAAGGGAUUGUCAUCAAGAAGCUUCAUAGAACUCGAGCUAAGAUGGAAAGUACACUGAAAUCUGCACUUGAGACCCUUGUUUCUGGAAGAAUCAAGAUGUGUGAAGGAAAGGAUGUUGAUAUGGUACUGGAGGAAGAGAUUCAAGAGUUGACAGAGAAACUUGAGAAAUUGCAAAGGAGAUCAGGAGCUAAGGAACUGGAGGCUAGGAAGAACAAUAAUUUUGACAGACAAGUUUCAGUUCUUCGGAGACAGCUGGAGAAGAGUGGAGAAUCAUUAGACGAGAUGCAUGUGAAAAGGAUUCAACAGAUGGCUGAGGCAGCCUUGUCUGUUAAAACUUGUGGCAGAGAGGAUGACCGUAACAUUGUUUCAAGUGGAAAACUAAACGUUGAGAUUCUGAGAAGGAAAAUGGAGGGACUGUCAAAAGGACUACUAUUACAGGGUAUGGAGGAAGAGUACAAUUCAAUGCACUCCACAGCCAACAGUUCUCUUCCAAGUUCAACCUCAAGUUCCAAGAGAAUGGAUUGUCCAGACUUAUCGUCUAGUAUCAGAGUACCUCGUCAGGAAAAAGUUGGCAGUGAAGGGAACGUGUGCUCUGGACAAUGUAAGGCAGUUGUACAAAGAGUUGUAGAGCAAGUUAGAGCAGAGACAGAGCAAUGGUCCCUAAUGCAGGAGAUGCUAGGUCAAGUGAGGGAAGAAAUGGAGGAAUUGCAGGCUUCCCGGGAUUUUUGGGAAGACAAAGCCCUUAACUCAGAUUAUCAAAUCCAAACCCUGCACAAUGCUGUGCAAGAGUGGAGACAGAGAGCUUUCUCAUCUGAAAGUAAAGCUAAUGAGCUUGAAGCUAAAAUGUCUCUGCUACGUCAUGAACUUGAGGUGUUGAAAAUGGAACAAAAUGCAGAUGUGCAGGGAACAAAAUGUCCUAUGAAUUUGUCGGAUUCACAAACUGAGUUGGAGAAGCGAAUUGUGGUUUGUUGCACAAAAGAAAAUAGCCACAACAUAGACAAAUGCAAGCAGAACGAGGUCGCAAGAGACAAGGAAAAAAGAUUGCAUGGCAAUCGCGGCGCAUCAUGUGCUUUGAAACGAUCACCAUUGGGAGAUGUUAGGAACUCAUCAUUGUUGAUGAGGUAGAAGUAGAAAAUGGCAAAUCAAUUUUCCUUUUGCAUUGCCAUCUUUCUUUCUUCUCAAAUGUUGAGGAAAAGUUUUGUAACCGGCUAGUCUCUGAGAUGUAGGUUGAUCUCUGCUAACAUAAAACUUCACAAUCUAACCAAUUGGGAAGAAGGUAUGCAGUGGAAUGGUUUUCAUGUUAAGUUUUGCAAGUCUCAAAGCUUGUAGUGACUGGGAACUCAU